CAACUGCUGCAGCCGUUCCCCGCAGGCGGCAACGCCUCCCCGGCGCCCCGUGACCUCUUCCCCCACAGCUGCUGCUUCCUUCUUCCACACUCACACGCUCCACCCGCUGCCCUGAGAUGGAUCCCGCGCCGGCGACCCCGCGCUGGAAUCUGGAGCGACCGUACCUCACUGGACGCUUCCACCAGGAGGCGAAGGCUGCUGCGGCGGCGCAGGGACCCGGAUCCAAGUCCUUCUCCCUCGAAUCCUUCAGCCGCGGCGCUGGCGCCGGCACCGGAAGUGUCAUCGGAUCGUACGCAGUAUCGGUGCAGGAGCUUUUGGUUAUCGAUGAUUUGCUAUCAGCUCUGGUGGGUAUUGAGGGACGAUAUAUUUCUAUUAAGAGAGUUCGUGGAAAGGAGGGCUAUGUUGUCUUUCAGAUUGAUUCUUCGAUGGACCUUGCCCUCCAGGAAUUGACUCGCCGGAUUUUCCCUUUGUGUGAGGAUUAUGUGUUGGUAAGCCAGUUUGUGGAGUCCAGGUCACAUUUCAAGAAUGGUUUGGUCAACCAUGCUUUGGCUGCAGCUCUAAGGGCAUUCCUACUGGACUAUCAGGCAAUGGUUGCUCAACUGGAGCACCAGUUCCGUCUUGGAAGGCUUUCUGUUCAGGGAUUAUGGUUCUUUUGUCAGAGGAUGAUGAGUUCACUGAAUGCACUGGCAGUUCUAGUGGAGAAGGCUACCUCCAACAAUACUAAUGGUUCUGCAACACUUAAUCUACUUCAAAGCCAGGCAAAGGCGAUGGGUGGUGAUAGUGCUGUUCGGUCUUUACUGGAGAAGAUGACAGAAUAUGCAAGUGGAGCAUACCUCAGGAUGCUAGAAAGGUGGGUGUAUGAGGGACUAAUAGACGAUCCUUAUGGUGAAUUCUUCAUUGCUGAAAACAAAUCUCUGCAGAAGGAGAGCCUCACUCAAGAUUAUGAUGCCAAAUAUUGGCAGCAACGAUACAGCCUAAAAGAAGGAAUUCCUAGUUUCCUUACGAAUGUUGCUGCAAUGAUUCUAACAACAGGAAAGUAUCUUAAUGUUAUGAGAGAAUGUGGGCACAAUGUUCAGGUUUCCUUGUCAGACAAUACUAAGCUUAUGAGCUUUGGCUCAAACCACCAAUAUCUUGAAUGUAUAAAAUCUGCAUAUGAUUUUGCAAGUGGUGAAUUGUUGACUCUGAUGAAAGAUAAGUAUGAUCUCAUCGGGAAACUGCGAUCCCUGAAGCGCUAUCUACUCCUUGACCAAGGUGACUUUUUGGUUCAUUUUAUGGAUAUUGCUCGAGAGGAGCUUACAAAGAAACCAGAAGAAAUAUCUGCUGAAAAACUUCAGUCUCUGCUUGACAUUGCUUUGCGGAGUACUGCAGCUGCUUCAGAUCCAAGCCAUGAGGAAUUAAUCUGCUGCGUGGAAAGAAGUUCCCUCCUUAAGAAACUGGGCACUCUGAAAGACUUGGAUUGUGCUUACCCUGCAGAUAAGCUUGCUGCAGCAGAUGUUGAUCAGUCAAUGCAAUUAAGCAUUACGGGUUUGGAAACAUUCUGCCUUAGCAAUAAGGUCCAGUGGCCUUUAUCUCUUGUAAUUUCAAGGAAGGCUUUGACAAAAUACCAAUUGAUCUUUCGCCUAUUGUUCCACUGCAAGCAUGUUAGUCGCCAGCUGUGUGCAGCAUGGCAAAUACAACAAGUAUUCCGGUCUGUCAAGAUUCUAGGGACACCAAUUUUACGGUCAUCAAUUCUCUGUCGUAGCAUGCUCAAGUUUGUAAAUAGCCUUUUGCAUUAUCUAACAUUUGAGGUUCUUGAACCAAAUUGGCAUUUGAUGCAUGACCGCCUUCAAACAGCAAGGAGCAUAGAUGAGGUUAUCCAGAUCCAUGAUUUCUUCCUCCAGAAGUGUCUAAAAGAAUGCUUGCUGUUGUCGCCUGAACUCCUUGUGAAAAUUGAGAAGCUGAAAGGUUUAUGCCUUCAGUAUGCCACUUCCAUCCAGCUCUUGAUGCCAUCCAUCGAUGUCACUAACUCCGAGAACACAUCAAAGUCUGGGAAGUCGAGAUCAAGGAUCAAUAAAUCACAGGACAGAGACCAGCAGCUGAAACUAGCAUCAGAGAAUGUUGUCAUGUCAGAGUCGAUCCUGAAAUUUGAAGCAGCGUUCAAUUCAGAGCUCCAGAGUCUUGCUCCUACAUUGAGUAACAGUUCACAUGCGGAGCCGUAUCUGACUCAUCUCGCACAGUGCAUUCUUGGUGUGCGAAUCGACCAAGCACACGCCGAGCGACUACGCGAAGAACGCAGUCGGCCGCGCGGUGAUCUCCCAACCAACCCACAUUGCGCGCGCGCCCACGGCCGAGGAUCGAUGGUGGGCGGCGGGGGGCGCCGCGCGGCGACAGCGGCGGCGCUGGGGCGCUGGUGCCUGGUGAUCCUGGCCGUGGCCUCCGCGCUCGGGGUCUCCGGCCCCGCCUUCUACUGGCGCUACAAGAAGGGCUUCUCCUCCUCCUCCUCCUCCCCCGCGUCCACCGCGGCGGUGGCGGCCUCCUCCCCCUCGUGCCCUCCCUGCAGCUGCGACUGCCCGGCGCCCCUUUCCCUUAAGUCCAUCGCCCCAGGGCUUGCCAACUUCUCAAUAACAGAUUGUGGGAAAAACAACCCUGAGCUUGCCAAAGAGAUGGAGAAGCAAUUCGUCGAUCUUCUUAAUGAGGAACUCAAGCUGCAGCAGGUUGUAGCUGAGGAGCAUAGUCACCACAUGAACGCCACUCUUGUUGAAGCAAAAAGACAGGCUACUCAAUACCAGCGAGAGGCAGAAAAAUGUAAUGCAGCUACAGAGACCUGUGAGGAAGCUCGGGAGCAGUCUGAGGCAGCAAUUUCAAAGGAGAAGAAACUCACAGCAAUGUGGGAACAGCGAGCUCGGCAACUGGGUUGGCAGGAUUCUCGAGCCACAAGCAUGUGACAGUUGUAGUUCUGAAUCUCUUUCUCUUUUUCAGGUGAAAUUAUUUCUGGUAGCUGCAUGGGUUACGCCUUGCAGCCAAACCGACCGGCGUUAGUUGUACGGAUCCACUUGUAAUGUUUGUCUAUGUAAUACCAGUUUCCACGGCAACAUAGUUAUUUUUGAGUCCCAACAUUAUAGUUCCAGCUUCCAUACAAUGUAACUAGCUUGCUGCUGCCUAGAUAUCUGAAAUUUCUAAUAGUACUGUUGAAACCAUUUAAUUGUGUUAUGGUUGUGGAUUAGAGGCUAAACUGUUGGAGAAACUCAAUGCAAAUCUGGAUACCAGGAUGUA